AUGGACCCAUUCGCCCCACCACCGAAGCCACAAACCGCUCUAGGCUGGCAUCGCGUUUUAUCACCUACAGCCAACGUCAAAGUCUCACCCAUCGCACUCGGCGGAAUCAGUAUAGGGAACUCAUGGAGCAAAUUAUUCGGUGUGAGCGAGGACGCCGACUUACUGCUAGACACCUACUACGAUCUCGGGGGAAACUUUAUUGACACCUCCAAUACCUACAACUCGGAAGAUUCAGAGAGGCUUAUUGGCGAAUGGAUGGAAAAGCGCAAGAACAGGGACCAGAUGGUUAUUGCAACCAAAUAUGGAGCGGGGUACAGAGCAUACAAUCGCGAGAACGAACCGCUGCAAAGUAAUUUUACAGGAACUAGCGCAAAGAGUAUGCAUGUCUCCGUUCGGGACAGUCUACGCAAACUCAAGACUGACUACAUCGAUAUACUAUAUGUACACUGGUGGGAUGUAGGUGGCAAUGUGGAAGAGAUCAUGCGUCAUCUGCAUGCCCUUGUCAUGGCCAGACAGGUCCUCUAUCUUGGCGUCUCAGAUACCCCCGCCUGGGUAAUUGUCAAAGCAAAUGAAUAUGCCCGCCGCCACGGUUUGACCCCUUUCUCCCUCUACCAAGGCAGGUGGAACGCCGCCUACCGCGACAUGGAAGCCGAAAUAAUCCCCAUGUGCGAAGACCAAGGUCUAGCAAUCGUAUCCUGGGCCUCGCUCGGCGGCGGUCAACUAGCCACUACCUCCCAACGGGAAGCCGCAGCAGACGACCCAAAAUCCGGCAAGGGUUUCUACAAUGCCUCGGAAAACGAUAUCGCAGUCUCAAAAGUCCUCGAGAGACUAGCGGAGAAGAAAGAAGUCACCCUGCAGCAGAUGGCCCUGGCAUACCUCUUCCAUCAAUCUACCCACGUUUUUCCUAUCGUGGGCGUGCAGACAGUGGAGCAUGUUAAGGCUAUGGUACCUGCAUUGGGUGUCUCGUUAUCAAAAGAGGAGAUCGAUGAGAUACAUGGUGCUGCGCCAUUCAAUCCUUUAUUCCCGCAAAACUUCAUCUUCGGCGGUCAACCUUACAGUACGAGAUUGACGGCAGCGGAUCAGGCGAAUUACCAGAUGGCUGCUUGGAUUGACGCGCCGCCUAAAAACCCGGGAUAUGCGCCUCGGAUGUGA